CUCGCCACCUUCCCGGUCCACCAAUUUAACGCGUCAAAUCACUGACCCCAUGUCAAACGCGUCCAAUUCCCCCACCCUUUUCUAGAUCACCUUUUCCCGAACAAUACCACUUUAUACAGCCUACACGCAUCCCCCAUCUCCAAGCCCGUCAUCAGCAUGUCUUAACAUCAACACUCUCAAAAAAAUCAAAAAACAAACCACCCCCACCCAAUCCAACCAACCAUCCUUCUCUCUAUAAGCCGACCAACAAAGAUCGUCUUCCAACCAUGUUCGCAGCCAUGCCAUCAUACCCAGUCUUCAACGACUUUUCAUACCAACCGACACGACCGUCGCCGCUGUCGUCAUCAUCUCCAAUUCGUGCAUCGUCGCCACCGCCCGCGCCCCUGAGCCCCUGCGACUACAACCGCCAGCCGCGUCAGGUCCAGUCGUCGCCUGUGCAGCCGCCGGCGUCGAAAUUCAAGUUCUCGACGCGUUCGGCGCGUCCAAAUCCCGUCGUCAGGAACCGCGAGGCCACGCAGCAGAGCAGGAGAAAUUUGUUCCUUAAGGGCGUCCAGCAGAGGGCUGAUGAUCACCGGUGGGAGAGGAGAGGUGUCGAGCACAAGGUGCUGAGCACAGAGUGGUUCAACGAGACGCAGGCUAGGCAGCAGGCGAAGCUGUUGGAUCCGGAUAAUCUGUUGACUGAGGAGGAUAUCCAAGAUGCCGAACGACUAGAGGAGGAACGCCGGAAAAACUACGAAGAAAUCCCCGACGACCUGAUGAUGGAUUCCAUGAUGGAGGAGGACGAGCACGAGUUUGAGGCAUUAGUAUCAAACGUUGAACAACACCAAGCCACAUCCAGUGAGGCGACACGCCCAGACUCACCCCAUCUUUCGGACGACGAGGAUUAUGAUUCCUUAUUCAUGGACUUUCUGUCUAGCCAAAAUCAACAAACAGCACCAGCCUCGUCUGCUGACGUCGAAAUGUCAUAACUAAAUGCAAUUUUGGCAUAUGUACAAAUAACUGGAUGGCGUUCUAGGGUGAAGGGUUUAGGUUAUGGCGUUUUGGAGCGAACUUGAUUUUGGCGUUGAAACAUGUUAUCAUUUUGUCGUUUUUUCCCGGUCACGCAAUGGCGGAUCCGUCGACUGUCCAUAUAGAUUCUUUCUUUUUUGCAUUGGUAGUUACUAUUGUGGCGUACAUGCCUCUGGGUCUGGUGCACCAAGCGCCUCUUGUGCAGAGGGCAUAUCACCCACCAAAUCAGAAGGCGGGGAGCCUGUAGCUUGCAUCUGUCAGGGGUUAGCACAAUGUUCGGAAUACAUUUGGGCCUGUUGCAAGCUCACCUUUUGCAUCC